AUGAAGAACUUUGCGACGACUGAGGCUGCCUUCAACGACACUAGAGACCUGCUAAUGCAAGAGUUACACAAUGACUUACUGAAACCAGACAGGACGUGCCAGGAAUCGCGACUUUGUAUACUACAACGCGUCAAAUGGUCCAUACGCGACAAGAUAGAAGCACUGGAGCGGUUAACGGUUGAGGAUGUAACGCACUUCUUGCCCGAGUUCCAGAAUACCGUUCACGUCCAGGCGUAUAUGCACGUAUGUGUUUAUGUGUGUGUGGUAUACACAUGUCUGUAUGUAGGCGUAGAUAUAAUAGUGCCGAGCGAACUGGUGUGA